CCAUUUCCCCUCACAUGUUGCAGAGGUCUGGAUCACAUUUAAAACACAUGUUACGGCUCUACGGCUGUGUCCAGAGGAAAAGACACUGAUAGGGGAUUUAACAGGCAGGGGACUUGAUCACUUGACAAACAGACAUUAAAAAAGGAAGACGGGAACACACAAGCAAAUAAAAAGGCGAGCUUUGAGGCAGCACGACCAGCAGCAGUGGGAGAGACAUAAGGGCAGACACCAAAACUUCUCAUUUCUUCUCAGCACUCUUUUUCAGAGUUAGCACACAUCUUCUAGGAAGGAAUUGUGUGGCUACUCUUGCACCUCAGGGCCUUUUUAUACGGACUAACCACAGUAGGAUCUGGAGACAGGGGAAGUUUAACAUAUUUUGAUAUUGUAAGCACUGAAAUUAGCAGUUAAAAGAAGCCAGAAGUCAGCCAGUCAGGAAGUGGGAAAAUAAAGAAAAAAAGCAUUUGAACACAGAGGAUUUUUUUUAGAUAAUCUAGCUAGGGCCCUGAAAUAUCUCACAGGCCUUCAAUCCAUUUGGACAAAAGAGAGCGUGCUGAUGAGACGUCUUCAAGGGGAGCUUGACUUUCAUUUUUUCUAAGGUAAUUUUCAGCUUCUAACUUCUAGUAGCCUCAGUAUUUAACUGGACACCUCAGGUUCUGCAUCAAAGACUAAGAGGUGCAUGUUUUAAAGCCUCUUUAGCCUUCUCCAUUUGGCUCGUGGGUGUCUGGGUUGCUGUGACAGGUUACGUCUGGCUUAGACACACACUCACACACACACACACACUCUCUACUGUGCAGCUGGAAGAUCAAGAGUCUGUGUUGCACAUACCUGCUCUGAGAGGACUGAGUGUGUGUGGUCUGAGGGACUCAGCUGGUCUGGGAAACUGAGUCAGAAAAGCAGCCAGCUCUUAAGUGCUUCCUGCCUGCAUAAAAAGGAGUAAAAGUCCAUACUUCUGAGUGCCUCUCAGAGAAAGCAAGCAGAGCCAAGGGAUGAUGAUGAAGAUGAAACGGACUCUGUGCAGAAUAUCCUGCUUGGUGACUUUGGUGGUGGAGCUGAGCUGGAUAAACGUGGGCCACAGCAUGCACAGGGAGGGAGGAAGCAGGGUAGCGAAGCAGUGGGAAAGAAAGGUGCGGUCAGCCUCCAGCCUGGAUGAACUGCUGAGGCUCGCAGACUUUCCUGACUGGAAGUUGUGGAAGUGUCGUCUGAGACUACAGCAGCCAGAGAACCUCUCUUCUCCACCUUCAGUAGGCUCACACCGCUCCACACGCUACGCUGCAGAAUCUUACAGCCUGGAAAUACUUAAAGCUAUUGAUGAAGAGUGGCAGCGGACCCAAUGCAUGCCAAGGGAAACGUGUGUUGACGUGGCCAAGGAGCUGGGCACCGACCCCUCAAUGUUCUUCAAGCCACCUUGUGUGUCCAUCCACAGGUGCAGUGGCUGCUGCAACCAAGAGGGUGUCACCUGCAGAAACACAACUACUGUAUACGUGAAUAAAACUGUCCUUAGUGUCAUUCCAUUCAAGUUUGUACCAGAGCCUGUGCUAAUAAAAGUAGCUAAUCAUACAGAGUGCAGGUGCAUGGAGCCUGCCAUAAUACGACGUAAUGCUCAACCUCACGGGAGCAGCGGCUGCUCUCCGAUGGGCCAGCUGUCAGAGGCAGAGGACUCCAGGAGACUUUGUGCCAGUGGGUUGAUUUGGGAUUGUUCAACUGACAGAUGCAUACCAUACCCUUCCAGUGCACCAGACUUUCCACUCAGUUCAUGGAUGCCAGACUGUGAGAUAGACGUGGAGCGGUGUGACUGUCUAUCUAGACCUGCAUCGACUCUCCAGCCAAGACCAAUCCAUCGCUGUCAACUCAACUCUUCUAUCUGUGCCCAUAAGCAUCAGCGUUUCGAUCAAGCUUCCUGCAGAUGCAAAUGGCCCAAGUAGAAGUCCACUGGGGGAAUAAAUUACGACAACCUGCUCGCCAAGGAUGUUUGGAGGCAGAGAAAAAAGGCUCAUAAUUUAUUUACAGUCCUAUUUAUGCUGAUCACUUUAACUAAUUAAGAUGAUAUUAACUCAUUUGACCAUGUUAACUGAUUUUUUAACAUGCUUACCUUAUGUCCAAUCAAUGCGUAAAGAUUAUAAUUUGUACAUUUGUUCUCUUGUGCACUGAACAUGUAGUUUAUAUUAAAAGAAUAUUUUUAUAAUUUUAACUUGCUUUCAGUUUAUGGAUUACUGCUUAACUUGUGAUGGACAUUUCACUCUUGUUAUUCAAAGUAAUCACAUGUAUGUUGAGUUUACCUUUAAAGGUUUGAACACAAUUUUUGAUAUUAAAAAAGUGAACCUUGUUUCAUGCUUCAUGGGCAACAAGGCCUGCUAAAUCCUGUCAUGAAAAAUGAAGUUGUAAAGUGAGCAAUACCCGAUAACUUAAGUCUUGUUACUUGAGAUGGUAAUGGUAUUGUAACCUGAUAAACUUGUCUCUUGGAUUUCAUUUUUAUACAAAGUCUAUAAAAAAUAUUCACCAUC